UGUGUGCGUUUGGGGGGCGGGGGGCGGCUGUUUAAAUGCCGCCCGCUGGAGGCUGAACCAACAGGAGUUCCUCUCAGAGAGGGGGGGUUCAGACACAGCCAGAUCCCAAACCGGCGCUCAGUCAGACGCGCCUUUGCGCUGCGCCCUGCUUGACGCGCCGGAUCAGGACCUCAGGAAACCGAGUCGAAGCUGCAGAACCAGGUUUUCAGAAACUGUUGAAGAUGUUCCUGCUUUUGAUGAUUCUCCAGCUGCUGCUGCCUGCAGCGUUCACGGUUCCCAGCAUGGAUGUCUGGGACUCGUGGGGUCCUUUUGGCGAAUGCAGCCGCAGCUGUGGUGGAGGCGUGACCACGAGAACCAGACGCUGCGUCACUCACAGGACAGACGGAGGACACAACUGUGUUGGACCGGACAAAUCCUACCGCUCCUGCAACAUCCAGGACUGUCCAGAAGGUUCCAGGGACUUCCGGGAAGAACAGUGUUCCCAGUUUGACGGCACUAACUUCCAGGGGAAGCGUUACAAGUGGCUCCCAUAUUACGGAGCUGAAAAUCCGUGCGAGCUGAACUGCAUGCCGAGGGGGGAAAACUUUUACUAUCGCCACCGCAGCGCCGUGGUCGACGGAACGCCCUGCCAUCCUGGACGCAGGGACAUUUGUGUGGGAGGAGUCUGCAAGCGCCUGGGCUGCGACAACAUGCUGGAGUCUCCUCUGCAGGAGGACCCCUGCCUGCAGUGUGGGGGGAACGGCCAGUCCUGCCACCUCGUCAAGCACCGCUUCACUGUUCGAGACCUGCCGACAGGCUACAACCAGGUGUUCGUCCUCCCGGUUGGAGCCACGAGCAUCAGCGUCAGGGAGAUGACGGCCACCCGGAACUACCUGGCGGUCAAAAACCUGCGGGGGGAGUACUACCUCAACGGUCACUGGGUGAUCGAGUUCUCCAGAGCCACGCCCAUCGGAGGCACCGUGCUUUACUACCAACGGGGCGCCGAGGGCGACAACGUUCCUGAAAGUAUCAUUGGGCGCGGCCCCACCACCGAGCCUCUGGUUGUGGAGCUCAUCAGUCAGGAGCCGAACCAGGGGGUGGAGUAUGAGUAUUACCUCCCGAACGGACGCUCGCGGGAAGGCUACUACUGGAGCUUCGGAUCCUGGUCUGCUUGCAGCAAGGAAUGCGGAUCAGGUUACCAGUCUCGACUGGUCUUCUGCACCAUCGACAACGAGGCUUACCCGGACUAUCUGUGCGCGUCUCUGCCCAGACCUCAGUCCAACAGAACCUGCAACCCCCAGCCCUGCCCACAAACCCGCAGGAUGGCGUUCCUCUACGCACCACAGUUGUGGAAAUCCUCAGAGCGUCCUAGAGCCGCUGUGUUCAGCUGGACGGUCGGGGACUGGAACGCCUGCUCCGUCACCUGCGGCGGCGGCUCCCAGACACGCAGUGUGCAGUGCGUCUCCCAUGAUGCUUCAGGCCCCCGGGUGGUGGAGGACGCGCUCUGCGCCGCCUACGCCGAGGCUCCGCCCUCUCUGCAGACCUGCAACAUGCAGACAUGCGCAGAGUACCAUGUGACCGGCUGGAGCGCGUGCUCGGUGAGCUGUGGCUCAGGUGAACAGACCAGGAGUGUCACCUGUGUCGGAUCAGAUGGUUUGGUCCUCCAGGAUUCGUCCUGCGGCACUUUGCUGCGCCCCCCCGCGGUGCAGCCGUGCGUGAUGCCCGCCUGCCCCAGGCACAUCCGCUGGCACGUGGGUCCGUGGGGAUUGUGCUCCAGGAGCUGCGGCUCCGGCUCACGGGAGCGGCAGGCGGUCUGCUCGGACCAGGACAGGAACCUCUACCCGGUGGACCGAUGCGGCGCGCAGCCCCGCCCCGCCACGGUGGAGCGCUGCAACAGCCAGCCGUGCCGCAGCCCUCAGGUUGUCCCCAGCGUUCAGGACCCACAAGGUCACGACCCCCUCGCCGGCCUCCUGCCGUACCUGCCAGACGAUGCAGGUCAGAGGAUUUUACAGACUAUACAAGCCCGCAGAGGAGACCAGACGAACACCAUCCACGACCCCCACAGCUCCGCCCCCGCCCUCCACUGCAGCCAGUCCUCCUAUGGCUGUUGCCCCGACAGACGCUCCGCAGCUUUGGGCCCCCGGGGUCACGGCUGCCCCCGGGCUCCAACGCCUGGCCCUGGGCAGCCCCCCUGCAUUCAGACCAGAUAUGGUUGCUGCCAAGACGGCCUGACAGCGGCUCAGGGUCCGAGCAGGCAGGGCUGCAUGGAGACGGCGGCCCCUGCUCCCACAGUUGCUUCUCUUCCGACCCAAAACGCUGCUGGGUGUCGAACCACCACCUAUGGAUGCUGCUAUGACAGGACGUCACCUGCAGGGGGGCCCAAUGGAGAGGGCUGCCCAGACCCUCCCAAUAACAUUGAGCGAUCCGUCUGCUCCCUGCCCCGCGCCGCCGGCUCCUGCAGCAGCUGGGUGUCCCGCUACCACUUCGACAUCCUCACGUCCAAGUGCACCCACUUCUGGUUCGGGGGUUGCCACGGCAACGGCAACAACUUCCUGACCCGAGCGGAGUGCCAGAGGAUGUGCCCGGGGACGGCCCCCGCCCAGCGUCGGCCCGACUCUCCGCCCGCGAGAGAUCCCGCUCCUGCAAGGACCACUUCGGCGGCAGAGGUCGCGGGGUCCUCCGCCGGGGGGUCGCGCAGCACGGGGAGGGUCCCCGCGGCGCAGGGCGCUUCGCCCGUCCGACAGGCCACGAGCGCCGCCGCGCACGCCCACAGGGGCAGGGCUGUCCUGCGACCCCGCCAACCGCCGGCUGCCAGCUUGACCCUGGGAGGUGUCACCAUCGACAAGGGCGACCCCGACAGGGUGGAGGCUUUGGUUGGCCAGACGGUGGUGCUGCCCUGCAGCGUCAGCCCCCCACCUUCAGCCUCUGUGGUCGUGGAGUGGAGAAGAGACGGCCUCCCUCUGUCCUCUCACAGGCAUCACCAGCAGCCCAGUGGGUCCCUGCUGCUCGGCCCGCUCGCUGAGUCCGAUUCGGGCUGGUUCCUGUGCGUGGCCACCCGAGAGCGGGAAAGAGAUCACCGCUACGUUUACCUGUCUGUCACAGACAGACCGCCUCAGCUCGCCCCCACAUCUCUGCCCAAAGAUGCUUCGUUUCCACGGUUCAGCAUCGAGCGCUCCGGCUCGUCUGCGGUAGAAAUGAGGAAAGGCCAAACGGCCCGACUGCCCUGCACGAUCGUCCCGCCUUCGGCCCGGCAGUCUGUCCACAUCCAGUGGACCAAAGACGGACGGACCCUCAGCGAUUCCAGGGUGACCCAGCGUUCAGACGGCACCCUCAUCAUCAGCCCUUUGAGGUCUGAAGACUCGGGGAUCUACACGUGCACCGCGGCCAGCCUGCAACAGCUGGAGCAGAGGCAGCUGCAGCUCAGAGUCCAAGCAGACCUGAAGAUCACCAGGGCUCCUGAUAACAUCCAGGUUUCCGAGGGCGACCGAGCUCUGCUGCCCUGCGUGGUGUCAGGAGACGACAUCAACAUCGGCUGGUCCAGGAACGGCAUUCCGGUGCGUCCGGACGGGCAGAGGGUCCUGGUGUCGUCUGACGGCAGCCUGAUCCUGAACGACGUGAAGCUUUCUGACGGGGGCACGUACACCUGCAACGCCUACACCGGCAUCUAUUCUGUGAGCGCCACGGCGGACGUGAGAGUCACCAAAAACACGCCAACGGAUGAGGACCUGCUGCCCGACUGCGUGGACCAGCCCGAACUCGCCAACUGCCGCCUCAUCGUUUACGCCCGGCUGUGCUCCAACCAGUACUACUCCAGCUUCUGCUGCGCCAGCUGCGCCUCUCAACGCCCGGUUCGGGCGGUCCGCCGGAAGCCGCAGAAGACGGCUCCAAACUGAGGUCCUGAACGUUUGGCCCGAAAUCUAACAGGACGAACGUCUACGGAUGAACUCGAGCGAUCAGACUUUAAACUUCUCUGUUUUUUAGAGAAUCGUUUCCAUGAUUACCUGGCAGGUGAUUCAUUUAAAUAUUGUGACUAAAACCCACGUGUUGGUCAUGUAUUGUUGUCUGCACCAUGCCUUUGUAUUGUUUUUAUGUGAGUCUUUGAUAAUAAAGGUCAUAUUUUGCUAAUA